AUGUUCGACAAGAUGGACCAGUCUGGAGGACCCCAGGCCGGCGGCGCCGGCGGCCGCACGACCUAUCAAGCCCUUCUAGCAGCCGACGCCGCCUGGAAAGCCAUCCGCACUGCUGCCCCGGGCGCGGCAGGCCCUGCGCCCACCUUUGUCACCGAGUCCCCCGCCCCCCUCGGCGCGGCCGCCCUGCAAGGGGCCGACGCCUUUGAUGCCGUCGUCUGCGGCGGCACCCUGGGAGUGUUCCUGGCGGCGGCGCUGGCGCGGCAGGGGUACAGGGUGGCCGUUGUGGAGCGGGCUGAGCUGCGGGGGCGGUCCCAGGAGUGGAACAUCAGCCGGAAGGAGCUGGAGGAGCUGCGGGAGCUGGGGCUGCUGACGUCAGAGGAGAUUGACGCCGCCAUUGCCAUCGAGUUCAACCCGGUGCGCGUCGGCUUCCACGGCUCUGCCGACGUGUGGACGCGCGACGUGCUGAACCUGGGGGUGCGGCCAGACACCCUGGUGCAGACGAUGAGGGCCAAGCUGGAGGCGGCGGGCGGCGCGGUCCUGGACAGCACGCAGCUGUUGGGCUUGGAAGUGCACCCGGACGGCGUCGCGCUGCAGGUGUCUGGGCCGCCACCCGCCGCAAGCAGCGGGGACGGCAGCACCACCAGCAGCAACAGCAGCGGCGGCGGCGGCGGCGGCGGCAGCACUCGGAGGGUGGUGGCGCGGCUGGUGCUGGACUGUAUGGGCCAUCAGAGUCCCAUCGUCCGCCAAAUACGGUGGGGUGUGAAGCCAGACGGCAUCUGCCUGGUCGUGGGCGGCUGCGCUAGCGGCUUCCCCCCGGAAGCCAACACCACCGCUGACAUCAUCUGCACCGCCUCCGACGCCGAGCCCCUGGCCUCCUGCGGCGGCCCGCCGCUGCAGCUGUUCUGGGAGGCGUUCCCUUCCUCUGACAGCCCCGACAGCCGCACCACCUACAUGUUCACGUACAGCGACGCCCAGCCCUUUCGCCCCAGCCUGGUGGACAUGUUUGAGGAGUACUGGCGCCGGCUGCCUCAGUACCAGGGCCUGACGGAGGAAGCCGUGGAGCAGCUGCGCUUUAAGCGGCUGCUGUUCGCCUUCUUCCCCACCUACAAGAACUCGCCCCUGCCGCCGGCGUUUGACAGGGUGCUGCAGGUGGGGGACGCGAGCGGCAUCCAGAGCCCCCUCAGCUUCGGCGGCUUUGGCGCCCUCACGCGCCACGCACGGCGGCUGAUUGGCGCCCUGGAUGACGCCCUGGCCUGCGACGCGCUGUCAAGGUGA